GUCGCAUUAAAAUCUUUACAUCAAAACUGGAUUAUAACAGAUCCGUUGAUAUUGGCACUCAGCAGGAAAACAAUUCGGGGGUAACCAACAAAAUGGUGAAACGCACCGACGGCACUGAAUCUCCCAUUCUGGCUGAAGACGGUGGCGAUGGUCAUGACAAACCGCGAUUGCGCUACGGGGAACUAGUGAUACUCGGCUACAAUGGUUACUUGCCACAGGGCGAUCGCGGUCGGCGACGCUCCAAGUUUGUGCUCCACAAGCGGACGGAGGCGAGCGGCGUCAAGCGGUCCAAGCACUACAUCGUCCAGUCGCCACAGACCUCGAAGGCCAUUCUGGAUGCCAAUCAGCAUUCAAUCUCGUACACACUCUCACGCAACCAGGCGGUAAUCGUGGAGUACAAGGAGGACACGGAAACGGACAUGUUUCAGGUGGGACGCUCCUCGGAGUCACCGAUUGACUUUGUGGUGAUGGACACGCUGCCGGGCGAUAAGAAGGAUGCCAAGGUGAUGCAGAGCACAAUUUCUCGGUUCGCCUGCCGCAUUCUGGUCAACCGCUGUGAGCCAGCCAAGGCGAGAAUAUUCGCUGCCGGCUUCGAUUCGAGCAGAAACAUAUUCCUCGGGGAGAAGGCCACCAAGUGGCAGGACAAUGUGGAAAUCGAUGGCCUGACCACCAACGGCGUGCUGAUUAUGCACCCCAAAGGCUCAUUCUGUGGCGGCAAUGCCAAGUGCGGCCUCUGGCGCGAGUGCUCCGUGGGCGGCGAUGUCUUCAGCCUGCGCGAAUCGCGUUCGGCCCAGCAGAAGGGUCAACCGAUCUACGAUGAAUGCAACAUCCUGCAGGAUGGCACACUUAUUGAUCUCUGCGGCGCAACCUUGCUCUGGCGUUCCGCCGAGGGCUUGCAGCAUUCGCCGACCAAACACGAUUUGGAAAAACUUAUCGAUGCCAUCAACGCCGGUCGUCCACAGUGCCCGGUGGGCCUGAACACGUUGGUCAUACCUCGCAAAGUUAACAUUGGGGAUCAGGUGAACCAGCCUUACGUGUACUUAAACUGCGGCCAUGUUCAGGGCCAUCACGAUUGGGGUCAGGACGAGAACACUGGCGCCCGACGCUGCCCCAUGUGCCUGGAACUCGGUCCGGUGGUCACCCUGUGCAUGGGCUUGGAACCAGCCUUCUAUGUGGACGUGGGCGCCCCGACGUACGCGUUCAAUCCAUGCGGACACAUGGCGACUGAGAAAACUGUCAAAUACUGGGCCAAUGUGGAGAUACCGCACGGCACCAACGGAUUUCAGGCCGUCUGUCCCUUCUGUGCGACGCCCUUGGACGGAGCGACUGGCUACAUAAAGUUAAUAUUCCAGGAUAAUCUAGAUUAAAUAUAAAUAUAAUGGAUAAACAACUGUAUUUACGUCUAUAUAGAUACUGUAGUAAUUGAAAGAUGUCCAAGUUUCAAGCAGGCAUUAAAACUAGGCUUUAUUUAUUAUCAUUAAUUAACAUUUAAAUGCAACAGAAGGCGGAAACAAUUUCUGAAUACUGAAUUAAACAAACACAAGAGGAGAACAAAUUGAAGCGAAGAAGCCUUUUGUGUUUGUUGUGUCUCUGGCUGCUAGAGUUUUGCACUAUUCGAUUGCUACUAUUUAAUUGCUGCAUUAUGUUUAGCAAAUCAAUGCGAUUAAUUACGAAAUUAACGAAGGCGCUCCCAUCUCCCCAUUACACACCCCAUUCCCUGAUCGAAAUUGCAUGUUAAUGUUUCAUGUUUGGUUUCCUCCACUCCACUGUAUAAUGUAAAAAUUAUUUGAAAUAAUGAAAGCAAGGCAUAACGAACGAAAUCGUAAUGAUCAGCAGCCAUCAACCGUACGAAUUAAUGGAAAUUGCAUAAUUGUAAAAGUUGAAACCGAAUGUAAAUCGCAGAUAUAUUUAUAGCCCACCACGGGCCAGCCGCAUAAAUUGUGUAUAAUUGUAAAAACAAACAAGAUUGAAAUGUAAUCGUUGAACCUAAUUAUUCGCAAUCAAUUGCAACUACCCAACAUUGCUAUGGGUCGGGCAACCAACCCAUAUGCAGCAACAACAUUUACGUAUUUCUCACCAAAUCUAGAGCUUACAUUUAGAAAGAAGAAUUAUCGAGGAGAACAUAACACAAUAAUAAACAACAAAUAAACUUCAGCCAAUAAAAACAUGGUAAAGCAUUAUUCUAAAUAACAAAUAAUAAUGAAACGAAAAACAAAAAAACACAAACCGUAUGAACAACAUGUACAGUUUCAAAACUCUGUCAACAAAUACGUAUAAAAGCGAACUCACGAAAUCGAACGCGUAUGAUAGCAUCAUACUUACAUAUGUCUAGAUCUAUAUAGGUUUAAAUAUAUCUGCAGCGAUCUAUGUAUGUUGAUAUUCAUUUUCUGCCCAAAUCGCAUUAUACAUUACUAAGUUAGUUAAUCUUACACCUUAUUAUUAUACAUUACGAUUAUUUGUAUUAUUAUUUUGUAUGCAUUAAACACGUUUGUGUGUUCAUUAAAUGUUGCGCCGCGGUGGGUUAACAAAUCACAGCAUUGCAAAACAAAAACAAAACAACAAAAUAGUUCAUAAUAAAUACAAAAUGUAAAAUAAAAACUUUCUAGCAAUACACAUAAACAA